AUGGACAAAAUUCAGAGACUACCUAAGUUCGCUAUUAUAGGCGUCAAUCAUCUCGAUCAGUUAGUCGAGGCGAUUUCAAGACUUGAGUCCGGCAUUGUCGACUACCCCUAUCGUAAAAAUCCCUUGAUUCGCGUGGAAGAAGAAGCUGUUCGAGCACAUCUUGGAGAUAUUGUAAGCGCAAAACGUUCUCUCGAAGGCGCUGCGACUGAGGAAGAAAAGAAGUCCCCGGAAGAGAAAAAAGUCAACCCUUACCUCACUAAUAUGAGAAAGAUCAGUCUCGCACUAGCCAAGUUGGAAAAUAUAAAGAGACGUUUGGAGGAGCUCAUGGCAUGGAACUUCAGCGUGAAAGCUAGGUACAGUAGGUGA